AUGGGAUGUAACACACAGAAGACGAAACAUACACAAGAUGCCCCUCCCUCUCCCCCUCACCCAGACCCUGAAGACCCUCACGCAUCCCAAUCCCUUCCCCCAAUCGAAUCUUACUUGGCAUGGAAUGGCGACAUCGCAGAAUGCGUUUUGACCUGUUCCUCCCCUCCUCCUCCAUUACCUCCAUUACCCCCUCCACUUCCAUUACUCCCAUACCCCGAACCGCAACCGGACACUCCAAAGGAGCUUGAAGAGUCCAUGGGUGUAGCGGGACCUAGCCCACCGGCGCCCGGGUUAAGAUGCGAAGCGGCAGGCCUAUUUGUGUUUGUCUACCUGUUCACAAUCCUUCUUUUGUGGUCGUUUAACAGCCCUGUAUGGUAA